AACAAGACACAAAAAAAAAAACCCUCCUUUGGUUUGGGUUUCGCACUACAACUUUUCCCCCUUUUCCACACUCUCAGACUCACUCUUAUCUACUCCCACCGUCCUCUCCCUCUUCAAAUUCCCCACUUCCCUAAAUUGCAGAGAAGAAGAAAAAAGGUUUCAUGUCCAAAAUGGCCAUGUCGUUGAGGGUUUUAGGUGGCUGUUUGUCUGGCAAAACGCCGUCGUUGGCUCACUCUUUCGCGGUUAAGGGUCUCCCUGUUCCUCCCGUUGCUGUUCGUGCCAACUUUCCCUCUUCCACUGCUCGCACUUUGACUCUGGCCGCCGCGUCGAAACCGGCGGUUGCUGCUGAGACCAAGAAGCGUGAGCCCAGAGGGAUUACUAAGCCCCGGCGUGUCUCGCCGGAAAUGCAUGCAUUUCUGGGUGUUCCUGAGAUUCCCAGAACCCAAGCCCUCAAGGAGAUUUGGGCUUAUAUCAAGAAGCACAACCUUCAGGACCCUCAGGACAAGAAGGUCAUCAUCUGUGAUGAGAAGCUGAAGACUAUUUUCGCUGGCAAGGAUCGCGUUGGAUUUCUGGAGAUUGCUGGGCUGAUGAAUCCUCACUUCUUGAAGUGAGAUUCUCUUGAAGAACGCUGAGUUUGCGUGGAAGUGCGCCUUUUGUAAAUUGGUCUCUAGAUAGUAGGAAGUUAUAUAUUCUAGAUGACAAUGUGCUGAAGACUUGAAGAGUGAAUGCAGGUGAAUUAUGGGAUUGCUGUCGUACAUUGGGUGGUUAUUUUGGUGAUGUUGGACCACCUCAGCCUUUUAGGAUGCAAUUCACCACUCUCUCUGAUAUUUUUAAAUAUCUGGAUUUAGCUCUUAAGUAUCUAGAUUUGACAUUCUGCGGCAAGUUUCAGUAGAACUUUGAAAAUUUAUUUUGCUUUUCUUUGCUGGCAUGAGCGUUGAUAUCUUUUAUGUGUCUGUUCAUAUUUUAUGACAAUUGAAAUCGUAGAAUACAUUGAGGCAGAGUGCAGAUACGAGUUUGAAAUGCUAGUAAGUAGUAACAUAGAAAUGUGAACUUCAAAUUCAAUAGUACUUGUGGAUUGCGUA